AUGGUCUCACGCGUCCGUCUUGGCCUAGGGGUUGCCAUGCUGGCUGUGGCUGCAGGCCUCUACUUCAAAUUUGGUUACCUUCUCAGUUUACAUUCUAUAAAAGUUAACAGGGAUUGGAUAGCUGCAGAGGUGGAGAAGAAUUUCUGGUUAUCAGCGUGCAUAUACAUGUUCGCAAUGUGCCUCGAUAUUGGGCUAACAAUACCAGGAGCGACUACACUCUCGUUCGCCGGUGGACUUUUUUUCGACCAGCCUUAUGCGGCGAUAUUUUCAUACAUGGGGUAUGUCAUCGGAGCUUGCGUAUCAUAUCUGCUGGUCCGAACAGUAUUGGCAGACUUUGCCAAGUGGCUACUCAAUACGGAGAGUCGAACAUACAAGAAGUUGGAGAGGAAUUUGAAGAACAAUGCAUUCGUUUAUUUAAUAGCUGCACGAUACACCUUGGUUUUCCCCUUUUGGUUUGUCAACGGUUGCGCAGCUCUCAUCGGUGUGCCCUUCAACACUUUCAUGUCGGCUACGGCUGUCGCAGUGAUACCGGGUUCUGUUCUCUAUACCACUGCCGGCCGCGCGAUGACAAACGUCCUUGCUACACUGGACCAGAACACGAAGGUAUCUGCGACUGAUGUUCUUAUACAAUCUAUGGGAUCUGAUGAUGUUAAAGCAGCUGCUGUAUCACUGGCCGCCUGUGCUAUAAUCCCAGUGAUGAUGAAAAUUCGGAGUCAUCGGAAGAAGGUCGCCAAAUCCCAUAAUGCUGCUGCUGGCACGCACGAUGAUGAGAAGAAAGAUGCUUAG